AUGAGCCACAGAACGGAGAAUCAAGAACAGGAGGAGGUCAAUGCGAGAGUGGUCUUCAUAGUUCCGAAGAGCCACGUCAAGACAGUGAAAUCUGCUCUUGAACGAGCGGGCCAGCUCGACCGGAGUAGCAAAAUUAUGCCCGAGCCGUGCGAAAAUCAUACAACACUCGUCGCGCACACUACUCUGAAACAAGGCGAUGUAGUUCCAAUUCGAGAAACACCGACCACGAAAGCAUCUGGUAUGCAAGGCGAAACGAGGUUGUCGCCAUUUGAGUACGAUUUUAUUAUGGGACAGAACGUUGAACUUCCUGUUGGGAAGGAUGCGUUGAUGCCAGUACAAGAGGAUGUGUUCCAGCAACGGAUGCGUAUCCCGACGACCAUCUUCUAUCCUUCAAUCAGUGGCGAUGCAAACGCGCAUCUCACUGAAGAAAGCAGUAAUGAGUUCAAGUCCACAAUAUUACAGAACUUGGAUCUGGAGUAUCUUCACCACGACAUUGAACUAGCGCAUCAUGCCGAUGGAGCUAGUCCUCUCAGGUUCUCAGCCAUGAAAAGCCCGAUGCACAGAGCGUUGAAAGAAGCUCUGUCGACAUUACAGGAUUCGAUGCUAGCUGACAUGGACUUGUCGCCUGGAGUCCUUGUCUCCGCUUUCCCAGAUGGGUACUCGAUAUACAAGCCCAUGCUUCUGCUUCCACACAAUGCUUUUGGAUCCACAGAAUGGCAGAUACUUCUGUCUCAGCAUGCCGUGGAUUCAGAGUUACUAGCACCGGUCUGGCGGCACGUUGCAGCAUCAGUUGGUGCAACACAUGUAGCAAUCAACUCACCUAUCCCACCAAAGACAGACACCAACCCCAAUAUGGAUUCGGGGGCAAGCCGGAACCAGGAGAACAUUCUGCGCCGACCAGUCAAUCUUGUACCGAUACACGGUGAAUUUGGACCCAGCCCUACGCCCCAGACUAUCUCAUGUCCCACUGCCAAUGACUUUGAAGGAGCUUUGUGGGUUACGGCAAAACAAAACGGUAUUUGGCAAGUCUGGGCACCUCUGUAUACCAUGUUUAGCCGUGGCAACAUCCGCGAGAAGACUCGAAUACUCAACCUUGCUGCAGUCACCACUGACUUGGACGAAGCCUCGGCAGCUGUGGAUCUCUAUGCAGGCAUUGGCUAUUUUGCCUUUUCAUACAAGAAGAGUGGAGAGUAUCGCCAAGACGGGAUUCGCAGAGUACUGUGCUGGGAAAUUAAUCCAUGGUCAGUUGAAGGUCUGCGACGAGGCGCAGAGAGGAAUGGUUGGUCAUGCAAGAUCAUCAAGGGAGACGACCUUUGUCAGUUAAGGCAGACUAGUGCAGAAGCCCCGAAUAGGCUUGCGCUCAAUGACACUGCUGGCAUACAAAAAGCGGACUUUUGGGUGUUCCAGGCAAGCAAUGAAGGAGCCAAGUCAGACUAUACAGCGAUGAGUACAAGCUUGGGCUUGGUUUGCCAGCUACCCAUUCGGCAUGUAAACCUAGGCUUACUGCCUACUUCGAGAUUAUCGUGGGGUAUUGCAGUUGAUAUGCUAGAUAGGCAACGCGGUGGAUGGAUCCACGUACACGAGAACAUUGGGAUCAGAGACGUCGAGUCGAGAAGCAAGGAGAUUGAGAGAGAGAUUGACAAGCUAGUCAAGCGCCGAAAUGACAGGACAGGCAACAUGGCUGUAAAGGUAGAGCAUGUUGAGUGGGUUAAGAUGUAUGCGCCAGGCGUUGUACAUUGUGUCUUGGAUGUGCAUGUCCAAGGAGUACUGUAG